AUGAAGUUAAGAAAAAGUUUAGAAGGUAAUUAUGAAAAGUUGCCCCCUAAGUUUCCAAUAAAAGAAGAUUCACCUCCAUUGAUGUUCAAAAAGAAGUAUAAAUAUAAAAGUCCCUCAAUUGAUUCUGGGGAAAAGCCAAAGGGAUUUGAUAACACUAAAGAUCUUCAUGUUGUUAAUAAAGAUCAAGAACAAGUAGAUGAAUCUAUUCCCAUUAUAGAGCCUAUAAAUAAGUUGGUGAAUGGAAGUGAAAAAUCAAAACAAAGAGCAACUAAGACUGAAUCAAUAAAAGGUGCCUCAAAGGAGAUAAGGAAACCUCGAGGCUUUGGUCAAGAAAGUCAAAGUAAUACUUCAUUAUCUUCCAAACAUGAUGAUUCUUAUAGUAAUGGAAGUUUAAAGGGCAAAAAGGGUAGAAACAAGAAAUCUGUGAGAGACUUUUGGUGGACUAAUCUCCCUUAUGUUUUGGCUGUUCUUAUGCAAAGAGGGGGUGAAAGUGAAGAAUCUGAAGGAUUAUUUACUUUAAGGAGUAAUUUUAAAAGUAAGAAUGGUGGAUUAUCUCACACUGUUGCUUUUGAAGAUCGAGGUGAUGCCACAAAUUUCUGUUAUCUUUUGGAAUCUUUUUUUCAAGAUUUAGAAGAUUUCACCACUAAUAUCAUACCAAUUCCAACAAAUGAGCUUGAAGAGGCAGUUAAAUCAGAGAUUAUGAAAGUAGUUGUGGUGAAGAAAGGUCAACUUGAGCUCUAUGUUGGUCAACCACUUACACAUGUUGAGUCAGCUUUACGCACAUUGAUUCAACAACAAACCGAUUGAUUUUUUAUUCUGUUUUUAAGAUUUAGGAAGAUUGUUCAUUGAAAUGCCUUUAUUGAGCUAUUUAUGUUCUGUU